UUUAUAAAAUUUUCUUUUAAACAAGAAAAGGAAAUAUAAGAUCAAUAGGUUUGAAUUUAUUAAUAAAUUGGUAAUAUAAUGCUAACAUUAAAUACUAGCCAAACCAACUCAAAUUAAAUUGAAAAAUAUGUGGCCCAUAUAAUGUGGGGGCAUAUUGCUAAGUAAUGGACAAUACAAACAAAAUCGUUUUAAAGCAUAAAAUAAUUGUUUGGUGGUUUGUUAAAAUCGUAUAAAAAUGGAUUUAUCAGAUGAAAGCGACGAUAGUUUUUUUGAUGAUCCAAAAGUUCUUCAAAAACGAACAAGUGUUUCGAGAACACCGGAGAAAAAAGUAAGCGAUUUAUUUAAUUUGGGUGAAGAUACUUUGAAGAAAACUGAUGUCAUAGAUGAUAUAUUUCCGAGUUUGGAUUCUACACUAAAAACCACUGGGAUGCAGAAUAAAAAGCAUAUCAAUUUUGAUGAUGACGACGAUAUUUUGGGAACCAUGGGCCUAGAUAAAAAAAAAUCAGGGAAAACAGUUAAAAGUGUAAAGAAAACAGAUAUUUUAGAAGGUAUUUUAUCCACAAAACCAGAAGAAAAAAAGAUCCUUACAUUUGAAGAUAUUUUAAAGGAAAGCAAGGCCAAAAAGGAAGAAAGUACAAAAAACGUAGAACCAAGUUUUUUCCAUAAACCAGUGGAAAAAAUUAGCCAGCCCUUCAGCAUUUCUGAUUCUACAAGGGAGGGAAGAAGAAGUAGAAGACCUUCUGGAAGCCUAGUUGAUCCUUUAGGAUUAUUUGAAACUAAAAAAGAAGAACCACAAAAAAAUGAAGCAGAGGAAAAAAAGAUUUCCAUUGAAAAUAAGGAAAUAUUGCCACCAAAAGAAUUUUCCAAAAGCACUACAAAUGUAUCGGACCUACCUGAUUGGUUAGGGGGAGCUCAUUCAAAAUUAUCGAAAUCAGAACCAGCAAUUAACCAAAAUCAUGAACCACCAACAAUCGCAAUAAAAAAGACUAAAGAAACAGAAGAAAUAAGGCCAACUGAAGCUAUAAUAUUGAAUAAAUCAAUAGAAAGCAACGAAAUGUUUACAAACUUUUUGCAAACCCAAAAAUUAUCUCAGUCAGAUUUAGAAACUCAGAGUAGUUUUCUAUCUUUACAACAGCAAGAAUCUCAAUUACUAAUGGCUCUACAACUAAAAAAAUACGAAGAAAGUUUAACUGAUAUACAAAAGAAGCAGCAAGAAGUCCUGGUGAAGCAAGAGAAGCAAUUCAACAUGAUUCUGGACAGAUAUAUGUUAAAGCAACAAAACAUGGAAAAUAAUAUGAAGAUACAGCAAGAAAGGAUAAAUAAUCAUAUACAGAUGUUAUUGGUGAACACACCAAGUGUUAGAAGUGAGGAAAAUAUGGUGGAGGAGGAAAUGAAUAAAUUGAAGAAAGAUGAAUCUGUAAAGGGGCACGAAAAAAUUGUAGAGGCUUUAAAAACUCGCCAUGGAGAAGAAAUGUUUUUAACGGAAGAGUCUUACAAAAAACAAAUACAACUUUUGGAGCAAUCUUUGGAAAAAUUAGAAGAAAGGCUAAUGGAAGACAUGAAAUCACUGACGGAGUCAUAUGAAGAUAAAUUAAGGAAGUUAAAAGAAUUUCAUGAAGAAGAAAAUAUAAUUUUUGAAGAGCGUUACAAAAAAUUACAGGAGAACCAUGAAACAGAUUUGGUAAAAAUAAAAGAAAAUCAUUCUAGAAUUAUAGAUGAUAUAAAAAAUGACCAUGCUACGCAGCUGGAGGUCCUAAAACAAAUGAAAAAUUACGAAGGCGAUUUGUAUAAAAACAGUAACAUUUAUUCGCAAAAAUUAGAUCAAAGUAUUGGAAGUUUAAAUGACAACAGCCAAACCUUGCUAAAUUUGCAACAAAACAUGCAUGAAAAAUUCAGCGUAUUAACGGUGGCAAGAGAAAAUUCCCUACAGGCAAAAGAAAAAGAAAUUAACUUGAUGAGGGAGUCCUUGGAAAAAUGUCGAGAAUCAGCAGAACUGGAAAGAUCACAACUAUUAGGGCUGGUAAAAAGCUUAGAAAUGAAAAUAGCAGAACAACAUAAUGUAGGCAAAGAAGAACGAUGGGCUUUGCAACAAGCUUCGUCCACUUUAGCAGCUAGAUCAGCUGCACUAGAAAGGGAGUUUGAGUUCAAUAAGGCAUCGAUGGAGAGAGAGCGCGAACAGCUAAAGACUUUAAAGGAAACAACGUUAGCAGAACAAGAAAGAAUGUUUCUACAAUUAAACGAAGAAAAGUUGCAAAUAGCGGCUGAAAAAUCAAGAUUAGAAACGACCGCCAAAUUAAACGUAGAUUUCAACAGCCAAAGGAUGAAAGCAGAAAUUGAAGCUGCAAUUGAAGUGGCGAAAGAAUCAGCUGAAAUGACCGAUAGAGAACGAGACAAUUUACAAAGGCAGCAAAUCGAAGUGGAAAAACUUAAAAGAUCUUUGACGCAAAAAGAGAACAAGCUCAAAGAAAAAGAAGAUGAAUUGCGACAGCUUUCUUAUGAAGCUGAAAGAAGAUCCGAGGAAGCCGAAAAAGCAAUUCGAGAAUCAAAAAAUGUUGAGGCAAAGUUCAAGGAUAGAAUGAAGGAUCUGCAGGUACAAUUGUUUUCUUUGUCUACAAGAGAGAAGAAACUUUCUGAAGAAAAAAUCGCUUUGUCCAGAGAAAGAUUGUCUCUUUAUGGAACUCAGAGAAAUAAAAAGAGAUGUAGUUUAUGUGAAGCUGAUAAUAACAUGGAGGGUAAUUUUGAACCUGAAAUGCCAAAUAUUUUUGAAGAUGGAAAUAAAGUUAGGUUUGACUUACACGAUGAGGACAAAAAUAGCGAAGUAAGCAGGGAAGAUUUUUUUAUUAACCAUAAUUGAAUUAAUUUAAAAUUUUGAUACUUUUAUAAUAAAGGUUUAACAUUUCUUAAAAUCUUUUACGUUAUUAUAGUGCCACUCAGAAAUACCUUUACCCUUUACCCCGUUGAUAUCGCAGCUCAAAAACCUUUCGUGCAUUUUGGCUUCAACAUUGUUACCAACAUAAUGAAUAGCAGUAACUUCAUACUUAAUUUUAACCUCGUAAUUAUUAUUAUUGGCAACGAAAGUAAAGGCUAAAGUAUCUGGAGGAUUUCCGUUUUCAGCGUGUUGAUAUAAAAGUAAGUCGGCGCUGUCUAUGGGCCAAUGGGAUUUAUCUGGAAGAACCAUGUGUCCGAAAGUCAUGUGCGAUGAAGUACUGGGUUGGCUUAUCACGCCUAAAGAAACUUUGGUGCCAUCCAAUAGAUAGAACAUGUGGAAGAUGUAUCUGUGCAUUAAGGUCCAGUCUCUU